AUGGCGGAGUUAGAUGUUUUCCUGCAGUCCUUUGGUUCUCUCUCCCUGUUCGGGGCUCUGCUGGUCCUGCUGCUGGUUUUAGUCAUCUUUCCCUCCAGCUUCGGCCCAGAGAAACCCAGAAAUGAACCACCAGGACCCACACCACUUCCUCUGAUUGGAAACCUGCUGCAGAUUGACAUGUGGAAUCGGCACGAGUCUUUACUGAAGUUUUACAAGAAAUAUGGAUCAGUCUUCACUAUCUACAUGGGACCCAAGAAAAUGGUCGUCCUGGCCGGAUACAAGACAGUGAAGGAGGCCCUUGUGAACUACGCAGAUGAAUUUGGGGAGAGGCAUCCGGCUAUGAGAGUGAUAAACUCGACAGAGGACCCUGGGGUUGUAUGGUCCAAUGGAGAUUCAUGGAAAGAGAUGAGACGCUUUGCUCUGAUGAACCUGAGAGAUUAUGGGAUGGGCAAGAAGGCAUGUGAGGAUAAAAUCAUUGAGGAGAGUUUCUACCUUACUGAAGAGUUGAAGAAAUUCAAAGUCAGUGGGGAACCCUGUGAUCCAAGCCAACUACUAACAAAUGCAGUCUCUAAUAUCAUCUCCUCCAUGGUCUAUGGCAGCAGAUUUGACUAUGAGGACCCCGAAUUUAUAGCCUUGAUAGAUCGAAUGAGCAGGUCUAUAAAACUUAUGGCCACCCCAUCGAUGCAGUUCUACAAUGUAUUCCCUGCUAUUGGAAAAUGGUUCUCUGGCGCUCAAAAGGAAUUCCAGGAAUUGCAGGUUCUGGUCAGAGAAUACAAUUUAAAAGUGUUCCGUCAAUUAAAAGAAACCCUCAAUCCACACAUGUGCAGAGGAUUUGUGGACGCCUUUUUUGUCCGACAACAACAACAACUGAAGGAGUCUGGGGUUAUUGACCGUCACUUCCAGGAUGCAAAUCUUCACAGAACUGUACAACAGCUAUUUAGUGCUGGUACCGAAACAACAGCAACUACAUUCAGAUGGAUUCUUCUGUUUAUGAUCAAGUACCCAAAGAUACAAGACCAGGUCCAAGAGGAGAUCAGCAGGGUGGUAGGAAGUCGAAAACUUCAGUACGAAGAUCGAAAUAACCUGCCCUUCACUAACGCUGUCAUCCAUGAAUCGCAGAGACUGGCCAGUAUCUUACCCACGUCUGUUCCCCACAGAACGAGCAAAGAUGUCACCUUCCAGGGUUACUUUAUUGAGAAGGGGACAGUAGUGAUACCUCUCUUGGCUUCUGUUCUGCACGAUGAGACUGAGUGGGAGAAACCACACAGUUUCCAUCCUGCUCACUUCCUGGACAAAGAUGGAAAGUUUGUGAAGCGAGAUGCCUUCAUGCCUUUUUCUGCAGGUCGCAGGGUCUGUCUUGGUGAGGGUCUGGCUAGGAUGGAGCUCUUCCUCUUCUUUGCCACCCUCCUGCAAAACUUUCGCCUCACUCCUCCACCUGGAGUUUCAGAGGAUGACCUGGAUCUGACUCCACAAUUAUUAGCCCCCCUCAGCCCUCAACCAUAUAAACUGUGUAUAGUCCCACGUACUUGA